AUGCCCGAGAACGAGGAGGCCCUGCCAGAUUUCGGCGACCAUGUCGACAUGGGCACCUUCUCCCAGAUCCUGGAGAUGGAUGAGGAUGAGAGCGAGCGCGAGUUCUCCAAGCCUCUGGUCCUCAACUUCUUCGAGCAGGUUGAGGAGACCUUCGAGAAGAUGGACACUGCCCUUGCCGAGAAGGACCUGAACGAACUGUCCAGCCUCGGCCACUUUUUAAAAGGGUCCUCGGCCACUCUUGGCUUCAACAAGGUUCGAGACAGUUGCCAGGUCAUCCAACAGUACGGCCACAAGCAAACUCUCGACGGCACCGAAGAGCCCGAUGAGAAGGUGUGCCUCAGCAAGAUCACCGACGCUCUCAAGACGGUAAAGGUCGAUUUCGCCGAGCUCGAGAAGGAGCUGAAGAUCUUCUUCAAUAGCGGCGACUCCGAGACCAAUGAAGAUUGA